AUCGGCAUCAGAAAUAGGAAUGAGUUAUAUUUUAUCCCUUGGCAACGCAGACGCUCGUUGACACGCUCGAGCAGUGUGGGUGCAAUAAUUGAAUAACAUGGAUUCCGAAACGUAUUUUGCAACGCUUGCGCACUCGACGCGUGAAUGGAGUUGGGACGUCCAAACCCGGACGGUGACAUCAGAAUUGGGACGCCCAAGGAUCCCGUUCCUAUCAACCAACCAGCCAUUGAGAAUCCAUUUGUUCUGUUUUGACAAGAUGGGAUACAGUUUCAAAUUGGACCUUUUGCAGCAAGUUAGAAUUUACGCAGCAGGUUAGCAUAAUUAACGUAGCAGGUUAGGAUUAAGGCUAGGGAAAGGCUUCGCUAAAAUGAAAAACAAAUCUACUUUUGAAGUUAAUUUGACAAAAGCUGUAACCUUCUAGCCAUGACAAUACUGUAUUUUGAUUCGUCUGAGGCUGUUAAAAUUGAAAGUGAAAGUUCACACCACGAAACGCUGACACAUCCAACCGAGACAGUUAACCGUGACAGCGUUUAACAAAGUAAAAGGGGUUGAAACGUGAAGUGCAGUAGACGCUCUCCUUUCACCUGAGGGUUGUGGAUUCGUUCGCCCAGCUUGAUUGAAGAUGCUCCAUAAUUCUCGACCUCCCCAACCUCAAAGCGCUGGUUUUUCCUUUGAGAACACUCGCAGGAAUGCUGUGUUGGAGGGGAAUUUGUCAGAGCUUGGUUACAGUUCUCCUAAGGCAAGGAAGACUGGAACCACCAUCGCUGGCAUAGUGUUCAAGGAUGGGGUGAUACUUGGAGCUGACACAAGAGCCACUGAUGACAUGGUGGUAGCUGACAAGAAUUGCAUGAAGAUCCACUACAUUGCACCCAACAUCUACUGUUGUGGCGCAGGUGUGGCUGCAGAUGCAGAAGUCACCACUCAGAUGAUGUCAUCCAAUGUGGAGCUGCACUCACUCAGCACAGGACGUCCUCCCCUUGUUGUCACGGUUACCCGACAACUGAAACAGAUGCUCUUCAGGUACCAGGGACAUAUUGGCUCCUCUCUGAUUGUUGGCGGUGUGGAUGUGACUGGUGCUCACCUCUACAGUGUCUACCCACACGGCUCCUAUGACAAACUACCAUUCCUUACUAUGGGUUCGGGAGCAGGUGCAGCUAUUUCUAUCUUUGAAGACAGAUACAGACCAAACCUGGAGCUAGAAGAGGCUAAAAAGCUGGUGCGGGAUGCCAUUGUUGCUGGGAUUUUCUGUGACUUAGGCUCUGGCAGUAAUGUGGACCUGUGUGUCAUCACUCAGGCAGGGGUUCAGUACCUUAGGGGCUAUGACCAACCAGCCCAGAAGGGGAAAAAAGAAGGACAGUACAAGUACAAGCCUGGCACCACUGCAGUUUUAACAAAGACUGUCACACCCCUGCCUCUGGACAUUGUUGAUGAAUCAAUUCAGCUUAUGGACACUCAGUAAAAUCUAUGCUGCUACAGGUUUUAUCAAACCAAAAUUAAUUCCAAAACUCAUUAGUAAAAAUGUCUACUUUGAUUCUAAAUCCUGACUGGUACUUACUACCAAAAUACAAUUAAUGCAUUUAGAUGUUUUUAUUAAACCUAUUACCACAGGGCUGCCCAAUCUUCCUGGAGAUCUACAGUCCUGUGGGUUCAGUCCAACCCUAAUUUAAUUAGCCGCUCAACAAGACCUUAACUAGUUGAAUCAGAUAUGCUAAAUUAGGGUUGGACUGAACCUACAGGACAGUAGAUCUCCAGGAAGAGGUUUGGGCAGCCCUGUUUCUACCAGAACAUGCAUGCAAUAGUACAGCAGCACUAUGAUAACCCCACACCUGAAUCUGUUGAUUUUGUCUGUAUAAUUGUCUUUUACUAUUACAAAGCUACUUUUUUAUAUUAUUUGAGUAUGACAUGCUACUAAUGUAACAAAUAUUUUUAUAACCAACCGAUGCUUCACAUUUAUACAUCCGGUGAAAUAUCUGGCUCAUUGUUGUAUCUGUGACUGUACGUUAAUGCCAUGUUAAUUGUAAGUCGCUCUGGAUAAGAGCGUCUGCUAAAUGACUUAAAUGUAAAUAUUCUCGAGCUGACUGACUUGUCCAAUAAACAUGCAGCUCAUCUUUCUCUAA